GGAAGUUGUAUUUAUAGCUGGUGGACAUACAUAACAACGUGUUGGACUUUAUCCGUAUAUAUAUUAUUGGUAAAGUUAUCUUACCGCUUUCAAACACUUAUCUGUUAAGCCAGACUUCUGACAAUAAAGUCCCGUAUUCGGGCUUUAACAAGACUUGAAGAGGCAACGGUUACUUUAGAUUCACCAUCACUUCCGCUUCUGUUUUUCUGAAGCUGCAAGUUUACUUAAGGUGAUAAACACACACACUGUAUACGUAAACCUGUGGGGUGGUCGGCUGUAGUGUAGUUGCCUAAAUUCUCAUAAUUUGUCUUCAUCAUGGCUUACAACAAAGAGCCUGAAUCUGAGCCUCGGAUCUACGGUUAUACCAGAACAGCUACCACAGUGCUGACACACUUCAUCUGCAUCUCCUUCUCUGUGUUCAUUGCAGUUCUGUCUCGACCGGGUACAAGUUUGUUUUCCUGGCAUCCUUUCUUCAUGACACUGGCAUUUUCCUUCUUCAUGACAGAAGCCAUACUCCUGUUCUCCCCCUACGGCUCCCCCACCAAAAAGUUUCCACACAAGACAAAAGGUCGUGCUCACUGGAUCCUACAGUGCCUCUGUGUUACCUGUGCAAUCCUGGGUCUGGCAUCCAUCUUUUACAACAAACAUCUGAAUGGUAAACCCCACUUCACCUCAUGGCAUGGUCUGCUGGGCCUGCUCACACUGUGUGUUGUAGGGCUACAGUCUUUGGCAGCACUGCCUCUCAUCUACCACUCUCUGGCCAAAGGCUGGUCCCUGGCCAAACUCAAACGCUACCAUGCAGCAUCCGGGCUCGUCACAUACCUGCUGGGUAGUGGCAGCCUGCUCCUGGGCCUCAGCUCUGCAUGGUUCACUGCGUCUGUCGGGGAAUACACCUGGUACCUGUCAGUACUCUGCUCUGCUCUCAAUGCCCUGGUCAUAAUGGACCAAGUCAGCAGGGCGUACACGGCUAAGAAACGGUUGCAGUCCUGAAAGAAGACACAGUAUUGACAAUUUAAUAAAACACCCACUGAAUACUAAAGCAAGGUUGGCCUCAAAAAUUUCCUUUCAAGUCAAAAAGGAACUAAUGACUGCAGCUAGGUGCCUCUUGGUUAUAUCAUGAAUACCCAGUGCCAAAUAUUGAUACAAAUAAUUAGUUUUGUUGUCAUGUUUUUGUACAUACCAUACACAGGACCAUUGAGGUAAUUUGCAUUUCUUUUGUUGGGAUUUGGCUUAUUUUUAAUUGUUUGAGUUUUCAUGACAAAUACACAUGUUGAGUUUUAGUUUGACAGAAUACUCCCAUCAGCCUAAGCUCUUCUUUAUUAACAGGUAAAUAGCUGAUAUUAGAAUGCUAACAUGCUUAAUUAAACUGCUGUGUCCAAGCAUGCUUGCGUUAGAACUAUGCAAAGAAUCGCUGUGCAGCCUGACAUCUUUUGGCUUCGCAGCUCAAAUUGCCUGAAUAGUAUUUAUACAAUCCUGCCAAUGACCUGGAGUUUUUGUUGAAUUAUUAUAACUCAGGUUGCUCAUCCUGCCUUUUGACUUUUUUGCUGCCUUUGACUAUUUAUUUAGCCAAGUUUUAAAUGACAAAGAUGUAUGUCACUGAAUAAUAUAUGUUGUAAAUUAAAAGCAUUUGCAAUUGAUUCAGAAUGCAAUAGAAGAGUGUUUUAUUGUUAAAAUAACAUUGAUAACACGGUCAUAUUAUGCUCGCAUUAGGCUGCGUUUACGAAAUUCUUACUGGAUCAGUCAUCAAUGGGUCGAAGUGAACACAAAGUUAAAAAACAUAAUUACAAAAAAAGUAUGUAUAUUUUCCAUCAUAAAUAAAUAACUUUUGGACGCUAACGUUGAAAAAACAGAAACUGUCAGGUGAGUAAACACCAAUAGGAAGUUAUAAAAAACAUUUAAAAAGAAGAAAUAUUUAAUUAAACAUAGAAAUUCCCCAUAUUUGACAAGAAAUGGCAGACAGGUUUUGUUUUAUAAACUGAUAAUUUCAAAGACUGAAAUGUUAAAGUGUUUUUCGAGAAGACCGAGAAUAAAGACAAGGCGUCAGUAGGAUUUACCUCAUACAUUUAACCUACAGAUAUGAUCCAUUUGAAAGUGCCAGGUCAAACACAAACCAUUUCAAGAUUCCAAGAGAUGGUGAACUGGAUACAUCCUUGAUGAAAGAAAGGAAACAUCCAGAACAACAACUGGAAGCAGCCAUCAGUAACAGUAAGGGAACAGUACUUAGUCUGUGAGAUCAAAAGGUUCCCGCAAGGAAAGAGAUCUACAAAAAAAAGAAACUUCCAAAAAAGGGAAUGAUCUGUUGAGUCAGGUUAUCCAAGUUUUUCUAAAAAGGCUAACAACAACAACUGCAUCUGGCCUAUUUUACCAACAGAAGAGAGAGACUUUUCUAAAUCUACAUACCUUGAGGUGUCAUCACAACACAUAAACACAAGGCUACAGAGAACAGCAAAGACCUAAACCCCCUAAAGCACUGCAGACCUACAAUGACCGACACGACUGACAGAACCUACUUACACAGCACUGCUUUAUAAGACGCACCUCUGUAAAAAGCUACCACGUUAUGACACUGUCAUUUUGGUAAGGCCACCAUAACACCGGACCUGUGUCUGCCAGUCAGAGGUGGUCGUAGUGAAGCGUUUGAUAUCCCUUUUGAUGGACCUUGACUCAGGCUGCAUGAAUGCAAUGUUUUUACUGUUUGGGUUGUGUUUGUUUUUGGCAAGGUGGUGGAAAAAAGGGGUCAAAUAUACAUGUAUAGUCAAUGCUGACUGAUCUGUAAAAACUGCAACAAAAGAAGCCAAUGAGUAAGCAACAUUAAACAUUUGUGCUCCUUUGAGCUUCACACUUAUCACAAUGCUGAAUCUGCCCGACACUUGUUUUCUUUUUGCUUGAAACCGACUGUCUAAAUACUCAGUAACUCUUCUAACAGAUUUGUAAAAGAAUGCACUAAGAUAAAUGCUAAGACUCAAGACCCCUUUGUGUUAUUUAAGGCUAAAUAUGAAAGAACACAGUCCGAAUCCAUGUUCAAAGCCCCUAUGUUAUCAAAGGCUAACAGUAAAUACAUUCAUUUUAGUUUUAAGGGGGUAACAAAAAAAGGUAAAUUAUAAAGUUUAACGUAAAUUUGUUUCCUCUGCAUAAAUGCAAGAGCAUGUUUAUCAUCAUGACUGUAAUAAUAAAACAUCUCCCUACCUACAACCAAAAUCUACACA